AUGAUGAUGACGAACAAUCAAUCUUCUUCGAUCUUCCUCAAGAGCAAGGAAGAAGCGAUGCCACACAUCCUCAUUUGGUUAGGGCGCACUUACGUAGAGAAGCCCGGCAGCAUGCUGCUCAAGAAGGACGUGCACGCCGCCUACUCGGCCUUCUGCGCUGAGCACCGCUUCGAGACCACCACCAACGCCGCCUUCGGCAAGAUGUUCAAACGCGUCUUCCCCAGCGCCGAGGUGCGCCGGUUGGUGAAGCACAACGAGACCACCUUCUUCUACGAGAACAUGACCUCACAGUCUGCGAGCGGGAACGCUCCGCUACCCUCAUCGUCGUCGCCUGGAAAUGGAAACGGCAGCCCUCGCCCUGCGUCCGAGUCCACUCCGGUGCGAGAGCAGCGACCGAGGCUCGAGGGCAGCACACAUAGCCCGAAGAGACGGAGAGCGACGGCCAAGGAAAAGGGAAGGUUAGGGUCGGGCGACACCAACAAACGCCGAUCUGUCAAAAGCGAGGAGGAAGAGGAAGAGGACGGAACUGAGGCCGAGCUGGCACGAUAUGACCAGAAAGGCUUCGGUCGGGAGGAGAGGACAGCGGUGCGGCCAGAGCGGGCGAGCGCCGCGGUCAGCGUGCCUGUCGGGGAGCCACAACUGGCUUCUUGGACGAGCGACGCCCAGCUGGGCUUCACGGAUACGCUGCACCGGUUCUGCCAACUCUACCGCCACGAGAUAUGGGGCUUUUUCCCAAUCAAUCCCUCGAUGGUGGAGUACCCGACGCUGUCGUACAUCUUCAACACAGAUCACGGGACGGCCGAAAGAAGUGCUCUUUCCGUUGCCGCCCAUUACGUUGUCAGCAUGGGAUAUCUACUACUGGGGGAUGUCACGCAUGGCCGCGAAUUCUUUUGGAAGGCGCGAGAGCAUCUCUCCUAUGUGUUUGACUCCUCCAACUACGAUGUUGCCUGUCUGCUCAAACACAUGUCGUGGGCGGCAAUGCUCUUCAGUGGAACUGGGUCGGAGGGACACGAACGGGAGACAUACUACCUGUCUUUGUGCAAGAACAUUUGCCAAAUGCUGGGCGUAUGUCGUACACGCCUUGCCACCAUCAACUCUUUGCUAGGUCUGCAAUUUACCUCCAUAUGA